AUAAACUAGACACCCAAUCUCUCCUUGUCUCACUGGAUUGGCUGACUUCGAAGAAGGAAUAGCCCUCCAUAAGAAUCAUAUUCGAACCGAACUACCACUUGAAUUAAUGCAACGCAUAAGUUGAGAAAAAGCUUCAAAAUCAAUAGACACCCAAUAAUCAUACAUCAUAAAUCCUGGUUUCUGUUAUGGGUGGAGAGAAAGAGAGAAGUGAGAGCUUACAUUUGUGCGGCGUCGGGAGAGAGUACUGACGCAAUGGAUGGUUGAAUUGAGAGGACAACUGGGGAGCAGAGGGUUUAAAUGAACCCUAAUCGAAAACCUGGAAUUGGGAGGAGCAGAGCGAAAGAAGAGAGAAUGGCAACAAGGGUUUGUUGCAGCCGACAUUGGUGAAGCGCCGGAUCAAUCAGAAUCCGAAAAUAGCGGAGGAACCCAUUACUCAUGGGACGAAACAGAACAAUCCGAUUAUAAAAAAAUAAAAAAAAACCCUAAAAAUAGCUACUAAUUAAUGGAAUAAUGAACUUAAUAUACAUAAAUUUGAGAAGGAUUAAAGAUUGAUAAUUAUAUUUAGAAUUGAUGGAGUGUUUCAAUUCAGGGAUGGAGCUUGAAGAGGUGAGGAGGGAUUUGGAGUAUCUAGCUGAAAAGCAACAACAAAGGGUGCGUUACUACGAGAGUAGAGCCAUUUACACAACUCUGGGCUACCUGGCCUGGCUGCGCUUCUUCUACUCUGCUGUCUCCUCUAAUUCCUCCUCUACCCUCCACUGUGUUCAUUGGGCAAUGGUUUUGGGUUUGAGUCUUUCCUCUUCAUCCCUUUAUUUCUUGAUUUUACUGCCGCCUUUCAUCAAAUUGUACCGGACUCACAACCUGCUCCACACAAUUUGCAACCGACAUACUCAUCUCUGUCAACGGAUUUUGGAGUCCACCAACCAAGAUGGUGAGGCUGGAGCAUCCACCGAUGGGGUCGAGUUCAAUGUCAGGUUCCACCAGGUCAGGGCGCUUCACAAUGAUUCAUUCAGUGGUGGGGAGAUCAAAGUCUACACAUGCUCUGUUUGCUGUUACCGCUUUUCAACUCUAUGCCUGACAAAGGCAUUUUGUGAAUUAUGGAAUAAAGUUCAAAAGCCAUAUGAUAAAGGAGGUUUAGAGGAUGCUAAGGAGCUCAUGCCAUAGUUGUUGCUGUUGGCUGUAAGUUGAAGUUGGAUAGUGUGUCCCUCUGCAGGUAUGAAGGUUUUGUAAGUUUCAGUAUUUCUUUGUCUUCUAAAUUCUUAUAUAAAGUAAAGGAAAUGAAGCCUGAUUGAAUGAAUACAAGCUACUAUCAUGCAUGUUCUACUUACUCAUAAUCUCUGAGAUUAUGUUCAAGCUUUGUGAUUUAGUGAGGUUUUCUUGGUUUUCUA